CUCCCCAAGACCCCGUGGGAGAGGACAGCCCGUCCAUCACUGCCACCGAGGACCUACAGACCCUGCGAGGAGCAGCAUGGGCCAGUGCAACUGCCGCAAGAAGCGCAAGGACUGCCAGGAGCUCACGGACGUGGAACGGGCCAUUGAGACCGUCAUCAACCAGUUCCACUGCUACGCAGUGAAGGGGCAGAAGGAGUAUCUGACACCCAACGAGAUGCAGGAGUUGGUGGUACAGAAGCUGCCCCACUUGGGGAAGUGUGUGGGACCGCUGGAAGAGAAGAUCGAAUGCAUGGGAGACCCUGACGAGGCCAAGCUGGAGUUUGGAGAGUACUGGGACAUGAUGGGGGACGCAGCCAAGGGCUGCAGGAGGAAGUAGAGGGUGGAGGGGGAUGGGAAGGCACCCGAGGCCUCAGGCUCUGCACCGAGAAGCGCGAGAGACUGCUGGUCCCGGUGGGAUGCGCCUGGGAAAACGCAGCGUUGCUCCUGCCGGGGCUCGUCUCCUCCCCAUGUCCCCGGCCAGGGAGGAGGGAUCCCCCUCCCCAGCUCCAUCCCUGCCCUCUCUCAGCUCUCCCUCCUGUCAGGAAAUCUUCCUUCCCAUCCCCAGCUCUGGCCCGUGCCGCGAAGGAAGUGGCAAGGGGGUUCCUGGCCCUGGAGUCACCUUUCUCCGUCCUUUGCUCUCUAGAGCCUUUAACCCUGAGGUUGCAGGUCCCCCAACCCCAGAACAUCACAGCGAGAGGGACUCAGCUCCUUUCCCCUGAAAGCCCUUGGCUGUGUGGGCUCAUCCUCCCAUGGGAGCCUCUUUUGCCACAGUUCUGCCUCGUGCUUUGAGUACCUUCAGGGGCAUCCCAGCCUCUGGGCCACCAGCACUGUCUCUGUGCAUGGCCUGGGUGUGUUCCCUGCUCUUCCCCCGGUGCAGGGAUCACGGUGCCCAGGUUUUGGGGUGCUAUGCUGGGAUGUGCCACCUGUACAGUGCUUCCCCACUUGCCCUUCUCCAGGGAUGCUGGCCCCCUGGCCGGCGGGUGGGCUCGGGGCUGGGCUGGUGGUGGGUUGGGAUCAGCUUGUGUCACUUGCAACCAUUUUUGUAUAAAUUA